UUCUUGGCCAUGGCGCCCGGUUUCAUGCCGAGGCGCCUGAUCGCCUUCCUCCUCAUCUUUUGUGUCCUCCGCCGGGGGCAGGGGGGCAGCACAACCUCGCCGGGGCAGCAGUCCCUGCUGUGUGGCUCGCAAAAGUACGAGAUAGGCAGCCCCUACGACGACCACGUUCGCUGGCUUCUUCCCAACCUUACCGAGUCCGUCAUCCAGGACGGCGCCAUUUCCGGCUGGGCUGACGUUGGCAACGUGGCCAGCGACCCUGAUGAUGGGGUGGGUUGCAUGGCCAUGUGCUACGCGGACCACGGCCGGGAAGACUGCGCGCAGUGCCUCAGGUACGCCGCCGGCCGGUUCCUCCAAGGGAAGGACUGCCCCAACGCCAGGAACGCGUCCGCCUUCUACGACACCUGCAUGGUAUGGUACUACCAGCUCUCCCCGGUGGUGGGCUUCGGCUACUUAUCCGUGGCGGUCAAAAGCGAUUUGGGGCUUGACCUCACCGGCAGCCAAGAUGUGGUGAGCUUCCGGAGGAAGCGGAGAUUGCUUCUGCAAGAUCUAUCUAGCCGGGCGAUUGCGUCCAAGCAGUACGCCGCGGCCAGCAGCACCAGCUACUACGGCAGCGCCUUCCAAAGCAUCUACGGCCUUGUCCAGUGCCAGAGGUUCCUGUCCAGAGAAAACUGCAGCUGCUGCCUCAACGAGUUGACACAAUAUGUUGCGGGUCAUCGCAGCACCAUGACUAUAGGCGCGGUCAAAACUUACUGGUGCUACAUCAGAUAUGGGACGGAGAAGUUCGAUGAUUACAUCUCCGAAUACAUGGCGACGCCGCCGUCGCCCAACGACGCUUGGGCAACAGCACCCGCCAUGGCACCAGCGCUGGCGCCGGCGCCACCACCCCACAAAAGGGAGGCAACGAUGAUAGGAGUUAUCAUAGGUAUUUGCAGCGGCAGCAUCGUCUUGGUGACCGGGAUUAUGCUUCUUCUCAGGUACCUCUUCCGUGGGAGGUUGUCCCGUGUGCCUUCCAGGCAAAGCAUACAACUUGGCAGCUCCGCGCCAAUGCAGUUUUCAGCCAGCCAGCUCAGGGACGCGACUAACAACUUCACUGACCCUCUAGGCAGCGGUGCAUUCGGUACCGUGUACAAGGGUACAAUGGGAGGGAAGGAGGUCGCCGUAAAGAAGCUUCAUAGCAAGGAUGGUGUCGUAGGGGCGGCCUUCACUAGCGAAGCCCACAUGCUCAUGGCGUUCAAGCAUAAGAAUCUUGUGAAGCUGCUGGGGUACUGUGACACAGGCGACGACAGGUUGCUCUGCUUCGAGUAUCUCAGUGGCGGAAGCAUCGAUAAGCUUAUCUAUAAGGGAAGUGGGUACGUGCUAGAUUGGAGCGGACGCUACAAGAUUGUGCAAGGAAUAUGUUCAGGCCUGCACUACCUACACCACGAACUAGACCAUGAGCAGAACAUCGUUCACCUGGAUUUGAAAGCGAGCAACGUACUGGUCAGCCGCGGCGAUGGGGGAGACAUCACCUGUGUGAAGAUCGCCGACUUUGGCCUCUCAAAGUUCUUCAAAGCGGAUCUAACACACUCGUACACGGAGCAGGUCGUUGGUCUAUUGGCGUACAUGGCACCGGAAUACGUCUGCAAGGGCAGAAUUUCACCCAAGGCCGAUAUAUACAGCUUUGGCAUUCUUAUUCUGGAGAUAGUCACUGGGCGAUGCGCCAAGGUGGGCGAUUCUUCGGGCGACUUCAUCACCUGGGUUCAUGAGGAGUGGAGAGGAGACGUCCGAGCUCUCAUGGAUGUUGAUGGCCUGCCGGGCGACUCUAUCACACAAGCCCGCAACUGCAUCGAGAUAGCGCUGGACUGCAUCCAGGAAGACCCCAACAGCAGGCCGGACGCGGCAAUGAUAAGGCAGAGGCUCUCGCAUGUAUGACGGCGGCGGAUGUGAAGAAAUUGAUUGUUUAUGUGAUGUGCUGUCAAUCUGUCAUUGUUACCG